AUGGCUAAGGCUGCGGGGCCGCUUCCGUCUAGAACGGCGGCGGUGACAAUCACCGUCCCCGGGGGUGGGGCGGUUUCCGGGGGACUGGUGUUAGAGGUCCCCGGCGACGACGCCAAGAAGAAGGCGGACACCUUGGCGCGGCAGAUCAGCGCCGUGCUCGAAGGGGUGCAAGUCGCCAGGCCUAGCAAGAGCGUGGAAUUGCGUUUGAGGGGCCUGGAUGACUCGAUCACCCAGGAGGAGAUAGCGGCUGCCAUCGCCACAGUUGGCGGCUGCGAUACGGGGGACGUGAGGGUCGGGGAGAUCCUCCGUCCCCCCAGGAGCAUGGGAAUUGCCUGGGCGCGAUGUCCGGUGGGAGUCGCGUCAGGGGUAUUAAAGGAAGAGCUCAGGGUGGGCUGGAGCAGACCGAAG